CUCUGUUAGAGCUGAGACUGCAAAUGAGAUUAGGCUGUCAUUUCUGUAUUCCACAUGAAGAUUAGCACAGAUUUACCCUCUCAGAAUCCUCCUGUAAAUAUGGAAAUACAUGGACAGUCAUAUCAACAAUUUCAUUCCUCUCAGAAGCCAUCACAGAGGCUUCAGACACUUACCGCACUUUCAGAUAGCUGUUCUCACAAAAAAGUAUUUCCUUUUCCUGCGCCAGUGUUCAGCCAAUCAGCUCAGCAUUCAGCACAGUCACAAACCCAUAUCAUUAAGAAUAUUGCAGGUGAUUUUCAUUUUUCCAAGGAGGUCGUGAGCGAGAGAGGGCUGGCCAGCUUAACCUACAGUGAAUGGGACGCUAAGGGCUUAUACAAGGCAUUUAACAUUACACCACAGCUGCUAAGUAAUAAAAUGUUGAAGAUUUGCCCUUUUCAACAGAAAUCUUUUUACAUGAAACAUGCAUUGCCUAUCAAGCAAUUCAAACCAGAAAGUUCCACUUGUUUUGGAAACAAUAUGUGGACAAAAUCUCAGGAAAUUGAGAAUAGACUUACAAUGAAUUCCUUACUUCAUAGUGGUGAAAUUCUAAAACCAAAGAUGUCCUCAGCAGAGGAAUUGGGCCCGCGUUCACAAUCCAAAAGGAAGGCAAAAACUAAAUCUGAAGUUUGUGCUUCUUGUGUUCCUCCAAAAGACUUUGUAGGUUGGGAUGAACAUGUUCUGAAGAAGCUGACAAAGACCACAGCUCAGUGGAUUGCGGGCCAUUACACAGACAACAGAAAAUUAAAGAAAACCUUGUGUAAACGCGAUGGCUUAAGAAGCUCAGAAGAGCUCAUUCGUGAAGAACGCAUGACAGAGGAAGACUUUAGGCCAUACAAGGAGCAAGAAAAAUCUAGAGAAAUAAGUGACCAGUCCAAAGAAGAUAAUACAACAGAUACAUUUCUUCCUGUAGAAACACCUUUUCCCCUACUGACCAAAAAAGAAGCUAUACAUGGCAGUUACAACAAGACAGCAGAAUCAUUAAUAGUCAAACACUUUGAACCUGCCCCAUCUUUAAGGUUGCAAGAUCUGAUGAACCCAAAGGCUGGGAAACACGUCUGUGCUACAGAGAAUGCUUUUGAGGGAGAACUUUAUUCAGGCUUGGUUAAAAUAAUGCACCAGAAGGGUAUAACAAAUAAAAACCACAUCAUCAUGGAAAGUCAGAACCAAUAUGAUAAGCAUCUCCAAGAGUUGUUGCCGAAGUCACAUACAGAGUGGAGUACUAAGGACUCAGAAGCUGGCUUACCUCUAAGGCCAGAAAGAGGAGCAGUUCGCUGGAUUGCUCUUCCAACACCAGUUUUAAAUAAGACUAUACAGACCUGUGAGUUACCGGUAGACCCAAAGCCUCAAGGGCAAACACAACCUGAAAAAGAAAUGCAUUUGAAAUUGAACAAGAGACAGGUCCUGUGGAACAUAUUAACCCAAUGGAAAAGUUCCUGGAUGUUAACUGGGAACUGGAAAGAGACAACGUUGGAACAGCUAAAGAGAGACCUACACAGUGUGCAUAAGAACUCUAGAAUCUCGGCUCUUGUAACCAUCGCCACAUCAGCAGUGCGUCAGUCAAUGGAGGAAGCAGAUGCAGGGAAUACAGCAAGCAAAUCAACACCAACUCUUUGUGUACCAGAAGAUAUGUGUCUCAUUAAUAAUGCCCUUGGCGACGUUGAUGCCCUCGUGAGGAUGGCUGCGGCACUAUGCUGUUACAUAAAUCACUCUGUGAGUGAAGAGGCAAGGAAGGUCAUGUUCAGUGCCCUGGAGAAAGGAUGUGAUGCUGAUAGCUGGGCAGCUGCUCAGUGCCUGGCCCUGGAAGGGGAUCACAGCUAUCCGGUGAUUAAGAGGAUCAUCACUCAGCUUUUUGAAGUAAAUAAUGAGGAGACAGAGGAACAAGCUCGCUAUAUGCUAAGGAAGUUGAGCAUGGGCACAAAAUUGGUCCAUGCCAUGCUAGGAGAGGCGUUGAAUAAUGGUAACUGGAGGGACCGGGUUUUAGCCUGCAGAGCCCUUUCUCAGCUUCACGGACAUGGGAAUCAGGAUCUGAGAAAUAAAUUGAACUACCUUAUGUGGGAGGAUUGGAGUCCUGCUGUGAAACAGGCUGCAGCUAGAUCUUUAGGAAUAAUGGGGUGCGGAAAGGAGAUACAUGACCAACUGCAAAAAAAAUUACAAUGUGGUACAUGGAAAACCAAAGUGGAAGCUCUUUCCCUUAUUGGCUGGCUAAGACUCAUGACUGCUCAGCUGCUUCCUGAGUUUCUGCAGUGCUUCUCAGACGAGUUUGCAGCUGUCCGUAAGCAAGCCUGCCUGGCCGCUGGUUUGCUCCAAAUUAGAGAUGACGUGAUCCUCAGUUGCCUUUGUGAUCUUAUUCAGAGUGAUUCAAUCUGGAAAAUUCAGGCAUCUGCUGUCAAAGCUAUAGGGAAUAUAGGGCAUGUGACCCCCCGUGUGAAGGAGAUCCUGAUGUGGGCUGUGCAUCACGGGGAGCCAGGAGUGCGCAUAGAGGCUUUUCAUUGUAUUGCCCUCCUGCGGAUCCUUGACCCAGAUAUGCAGUACAUGUUGCGAGAUAAACUGAUGCUGGAAUCUCAUGACACUGUGCAAAAGGAGUUGAGAAGAACCUUAACUGCUCUAGGCCUGGAACUCACAGGAAAUGAGGAUAUGACAGCAAUGAUUCAGCAGCAGUUUCUAUUCCAGAUGUCCAAGAUGUGUCAGAAGAAUGUGUUGAUUCCCAAAGUAAUGGCUUUAUAUGAAGUUCCAAGAACCAGCAACAAGGAAGUACAAGCGUUGCAUGGAAAGACAACAAAACAGAAUGACAUAAUAGGUUCUAAGAUAUUUGGAAACAAGGAUGAUUUAUAGUUUUGUUAUACUUCCAGUCAAAAAUCUUGUUUAUCUUAGACACUCAAUUCACAAAUAUUAUAAAUGCAAGAACCACAGAUGAAAUUUUUUGGAUGCACUACAGCUAUGAGGCAGCAAAAUAACAAUGUAUGGAAAAGACAAGCUAUAAAUUACUAUACUGAAAUUACUAGACUGACAAGGAAGUUAGAAAGUGUCUGUGCCUAUAUGUCCCCAGCAUGGUUAUUGUUUCCUCAUGCUAAGCCUCUAAAAUAACUAACUUAAGGAGAAAGCAAUGUAUGUUAUGUAUAGUUGAAGGCCCGGAAAUGAUACAAAACAAGUCCAGAUUGCUACAGCACACCUUAAAGAUAAGAAAAUGCUGCUGCAGUAGACACGAGUACCUAUACCUGGUAUCGCCACCGAACUAAAGCACAACAUACGCAUAUUUAAGAUCUGAUGUUUUGUUCCUUAGAAACACAGUGUUAAGGUGGCCAUACAUGCACCGAUACUAUCAUACAAAUCCUAGUUUUGUACAAUAUUUGGUGCAUGUAUGGCAGAUCGAUGAGACGACCGAUAUUGCAAGAGUGUUGGAUAUUGGCUGUCCUGUCAAUCGGGCAGACAAAAGACUUAGCUCAGGCACCGUUGAAGGAGCCAGAGCAAAAUCUGCGUUCAGGGCUGAAUCAGCUCUAAACAUCAGUGGAAGGGACGAACAAUCUUUUCUGCAAACAAUGGAUGCAGGAAAGAUCGUUAUUGUAAGGUGUAUGGCCACCUUUAGACACAUGGGUAUUCAUAUUUCACCAAAAAAGUAGAUGAACCCAUCGAUGAAAAAAUGUUGAGCCAGUGCAUCUUAAGCUCACAUAAUUAAAGGCAAAGUUAUUUUUUCUGCAUUUUUUGGUGUCCCUGUCUUCUGUGCUCCAGAUUCUCUGCUAACCUGCCUACCAUAGCUAAUUUCCACCACAAACUGCGUGUACAGGCAGGCAAGCUUGACAACUGAAAAUGCUUUAGAUACAGUCACACAGCAGUACUUUACAUACAAGCAAAAUGUUUUCAAUUUAUUAGAAAAACAAGCUCAGAAUAAUAAACCACAGUUAAUAAUCAA